AGGAGAAGGAGCGCGUGUAAACAUGGCGGCAGUGGCAUCGGCUCCAGUAAACCUGCGCCACUGUUCGGCCCAAAGCGCAGUCUGAAAGCGGACACAGCGCACUGAAACAUGGCCCAAGUGAAGCUGGAAGAGACGGCAGAGCUGUGGGAGCCUAAGGAGCCAAAGAAGCCAAAGGACAACGACAACACUGCGGGCAGUGAGUUAAACGAAGACCCAGACUGCACAGGUGGCCAAUGUCUGCUCCACAUUAAAGAAGAACCAGAGGAGGUGAGGAUCAAAUCAGAGUUUCUCCAAAAGUUCCCAAACAUCUGUGUCAUUGUGAACUGUAAAGAGGAGGAAGAAAAGCCCACUGUCCUUCAAACCCUGACAGAUGAGAGCAGAGUGGUUGAGGAGCAAACAGAACCAGGUACAGACAGCUCUUCUGACACCGAUGACUCUGAAGACUGGCCAACUGAAAGAGCCACUCUACAAACAAGCACCGAGCUGACGAAGCAGCUGCAGCAGCCAGCUCAUGAUGGCAGUGUUAGUAGAGAUGGGAGUGUUGCAAGGGACCCACCCAAAGCACACAAAUGCUGUCACUGUGGAAAGGCAUUUCAGUACAGGGCAUAUCUAAACAGACAUAUGAGAGGACAUACAGGGGAGAAACCAUUCAGCUGUACAGUUUGUGGAAAGAGUUUUACAGAAAAGAGUUCUUUAAAGGUACACAAAAGAAUCCACACAGGAGUAAGACUGUUUGCCUGUUCUUUUUGCUCAAAAAGUUAUACACUUGAAGGUAAUCUAAAGAUACACAUGCGGGUACAUACAGGUGAAAGACCAUUCAGCUGUUCUGUUUGUGAAAAGACAUUUGCUGAGAAAGGGAAUCUGAAGAGGCACAUGGCUACUCACUCAGAUGAGAAACCUUUCAGGUGUCCAGUUUGUGAAAAGAACUUCAAAACAAAGAGCGAUUUGAAACACCACAUGAGGAUUCACAUUAGAGAGACUGGACAGGCACCAUUCAGCUGUUCAGUUUGUGCAAAGACCUUUACUGUUGAGUAUUCUCUCAAACAACACAUGACUAUUCACUCAGAACAGAAACCUUUCAGAUGUUCCAUUUGUGAAAAGAAAUUUAGAAGAAAGUGUGAUGUGAAACACCACAUGAAGAUUCACACAGGGCAGAGACCAUACAGGUGUUCAGUUUGUAGCAAGGACUUUAUAAGAAGGGGUGGUUUAAAGCGACACUUGAUGUGUCACACGGGAGAGAGACCUUUCACCUGUCCAGAUUGUACCAAGAGCUUUAUAGAAAAAGGGGAUCUAAGGAAACACAUGAGCAUCCACAGUGGAGGGAGACCAUUCAGCUGUUCACUUUGUGAUCAGUGUUUUCAUGAUGGGGAUUCUCUAAGGAAGCAUGAACAUGAGAGUCACACUGGAGGAAAACAGACUGCCUUCUGAAGACACCAUAUUUCUAAUCAACAGUUUUCACUGCCAUUGAUACACACAUUGGCCUUGUUCAUAUACACCAUGCAUCAUUCAUGCCAAACACGCACCAUGAGACAUGAGAGUCCAUCAGGUGAUUGUCAAACUUAUUUCUAUAAAAACGCACUUCAAGGGACAGAACCUCAAACCUGAUCAAAGGCAGGUCUGUGUAAUCCUGCAGUCAUCCAGGUAUGAUCCAUACUAAAAGAAAAAUUCAAAUCUGUCAACUGGGAAAAAAGUUGUAGGAGUGAAGACUUUUCACUGCUCAUCCAAGCCACUACUUCAGUUCUGGUCAGAUUACUGGCCCCUAAUGGGUGCUCUCACACCUAGCCAGUAUUUUAAUAGGUGUGAGACCACCCAUUAUGAAUCAUUAUGCUAAGUGUUCACACUUAUAGCUAGCUUAUAGCAGUAUAGCUCACUAGUCAUAGCCUUCAAACAGAAACUGUCAACAAUAUGUGUGUUAGUUUCAGUGUAGUUGAAUCCUUCCUUCAGCCGCUUGUAUCCACGACAAGGUCACGGAUACAAGCGGCUGAAAUGGGUUUCCUCCAUAGGGUGGCCGGGCGCACCCUUAGGGAUAGGAUGAGGAGCUCAGUCACACGGGAGGAGCUUGGAGUAGAGCCGCUGCUCCUACACGUCGUGAGGAGCCAGCUGAGGUGGCUCGGGCAUCUGCUCAGGAUGCCUCCUGGACGCCUCCCUAGGGAGGUGUUCUGGGCAUGUCUCACAGGGAGGAGGCCCUGGGGAAGACCCAGGACAUGCUGGAGGGUCUAUGUCUCUUAGCUGGCCUGGGAACGCCUUGGGGUCCCACCGGAGGAGCUGGAGGACGUGUCCGGGGUGAGGGAAGUCUGGGACUGUUGCCUCCGCGAACCGGCCCCGGAUAAGCGGAAGAAGAUGGAUGGAUGAAUCCUCCCUUCAGAUAGAUAUAAGGCAGCAUCCACCAGUAAUCUGACCAGAACUGAAAAAGGCUUGGAUGAGCAGCAACACAUCUUCACUCCUACAACAUUUUGUCCAGUUGGCAGAUUAGAAUUUUUACUAUAUUGUAAAAAGGCAGAUUUAACUAAUGAUUCACAAGUUUAAGCUGUCUAUAUAAACGCAUUGUUUCUUAGCAAAUUUUUGCAUUCAAAAAAUUUGUUUUUGCAUGAACUUUUAUGCAGGUGUAGUCUGGGUUCAGUUUGGGUCAGAUACAUAGAGAUGCAUAAUAGUUUUGAGGGCUUUUGCCAUGUCCCCUUUUUAGUUGACUAAGCGAUCAGCAGGACAUGUCAUUAAUCAACCAAGAAGUCUUUAAAUGACUACAGCCCUUCUAACCGAAAGAGCUAACCACUGCACGCUCUGUAUGUCUUCCUAAUCUUGACAUAUUUUACAAUAAUGUAAUAAUUAAAGAAGACCUAUUUCUUUACUUGUGUCUGCUAUAUAGUUAUAAUCUAUGACACCUGUGGAUCAUUAUGUUAUAAUUUGCACAUUUUAAAUCCGUCGUAACGGCAGGUACAGGAGCGGACCAAGGAAUGCAGACUCGGGGCAAUUUUACAGUGUUUAUUAACGGUCUGUGAAAUAAUAGGAGUCAAUAGUUCAUUAAACACAUGGGAGGCGAACCAGGCGUGCGGGGUGUUGAGCGGAAACGGGGAACACCAAGACCAGACGAAGACAGGAUCGGACUCAGGAACGGAGCAAACCAAGCGGGGGUAGUCCGGAGCAGACACGGAGACAGCCAGGGCCGGAGCAGGACAGGACCGGAGACGAGACCAGGGGGAACUGGGCAGGAGUAAUCCAGAGAGCGAGGACCAGGGCAGGAGACGAGAAGCAGGCCGGAGACCAAGACAGGACAGGAGGCGAAGACGAGGGGUGGACUGUACCGGAGCUGGAGCGCAGGGUCAGGAGCAGGAGCGAGUGAGGGAGGGAGCAGGAAUCUGGGAAACAACAAAAUCCAGUAAGACACGAGUAGGCAGGUAACAGGACACAAACUUGAGCUGGAACAUUCACAUUUACACGCGGACGGUCUGGCUCUGAGUGUCAUCUGCCGAGCCCUCAUAUACUUGACAGCAGGUGGUGAUGAUUGUGCUAAUGCUCUCCAGGUACGCACGGGAGGAGUAGGAACUCCACCCAGCUCCGGAUUCAGACAGGUAGGGGAGGGGGAAAGCACACAGGGAGACAGACAAUGCAGGCAUCAUGACAAAAUCGCAAUAUUCAUCACCUGAAACUGCCCUGACAGUGGAUCUGCUCUAUUAUUAUUAUAUAAUUUAUGUGCAUCUUCCAUGUCUAGUCUGUAUAAAUGUUGAAAAUGUGAUGUACAGGCUUUAAUAUAAUAAAAACAAAUAUUCU